CCAGACAAGCGAACCUCCUGCAGGAAUGAGAUAAGGGUGAACCAGCUGGCACAUGCGUACGAAAGAAUCCGCCCCUUUUGUUCACACACUACACUCUCCGCACAUUCUAAAAUUCCCUUCACAACGCUCAAGGAGGGUUCUAUAAGUUGCUUGGAAUCAGCCGAAAUUGAGAACUUUUUUUUAUUCCUGCAAAUCUCACACAGUGUGGGAGAGUGAUAAGUUUUUUCUUCCAAACACCUGUGUCCCAUGGAAAUAAUAAAAUUAUGAGGUCGGUGCUUGUGGUAUAAUCAUAUCAGUGUGGAGAAAAGUUUUAGUCUAUUGAGAACACUCCUCGAUGGAACAUGAUGAACUAUCUCGCGGUUGGAUUUUGAGGGAAUCAGUCGUUGUAAUUGCUGUAGGUGAUAAAUCGCGAUAAAAUCCAUUUGAAUUUAAUAACAUCAGAAAAGUGUGUGAUAAGGAUUUAUUGUGGGGUCUGUAGAAUUUUUUCACACCUCUGAAUUGUGAGAAUUUUCUUGUUAAUUUUAACCGUUGUCACAGUGAACUUUUCCGGGUAUACCUACAUAUCGUGUGGCGUGGAUUUAAUGAAAUUAUAUACCUACUCCGAAAAAGUAACCCCUGAGGAGGAAAGGUGGUUUGUGUGAAUUCUGAAGGGGCAAAAUCACUCGAGGAGAGCGCAACAAUUCUCUCUCUAUCCCUCUUUUGCACACAAACCAUCAACAUUAUGGAUUUUCUGCUCAAGGGGUGGUGAACUGUUUUCAGUUCUCUCCAAACAUCCGACACAUCCACAAGGAUUCCACGGGAAUUUUGUGCUUUACCAUAAUAAGGGCAGAAGACCAGAAAGAAAUCAUUUUAUUUUUAAUCUCAAUGGAAAAUCCUUUUGUACUUUACAAACAUCUCCUCUUGCCUCAUUUUCUACUAAACUCAGAGUAAUGAUAUUCACUUCAAAUUCUAGUCUAGAACAUGGUGAUUAUUUUUUGGAUAAACUAACUCAUGUAGUUGUGGAUUAAAGUGAGCAGAAAUUGCAGCAAAUUCACUUAUCUUUUGAAACGUUUUCAGUUUGUAAAUAAAUGAAAAUUCGCAUCGGUAGCACCACAAUGCGAUUUCCCAAAGUUUCACUGAAAAGAUGUUUCCUCUUCACUGUGGCCUUUGCCGUGUUGCUCCUCUUUGGAUUUACACUCAGGGAGAAGGAUCUUUGGACAAGUAGGACAACACAGCAUCAGUUGCUCUCAACAAAGACACAACAGAACCCCGAGGAUCCACUCAAUGCUGGUCAUCUUACGAAAAAUCCAACAACGACAGCACCCUCACUGUAUGAGGACUACGACAAGACACAUGAUUCCGAUAAUUCUCUACUACCCGAUGGCAAUGGUAGACCGUGGUAUUUUUCCAAUGGAGUACGCUACCCGCAUCCGGCGAGGAUAAAUCGCAAGACAAAGAAGCGUGUUGCGCGACUUAUGCCAUAUGAGGAUUCCCAGAGUGAUAGGAUAACAAAUCAAUUGAUGUUCAUGCCACCCAAUUAUGAAGAAAUCGUGCAGAAAGGUACACUGAAGACUAUUCUACUCUACAACGGCCUAGGUCCAUGGAAUGUGCGUCAGGGCAGGGAUAUUUUCCUCCAUGCCAAAUGUCCCAUCAACACAUGCACCCUCACUGCAAAUCGCGACCAUUCCACCACAGCGGAUAUGCUCCUCUUCAAGGAUCACUACAUCUCACCUGGAGUUGUGCGGAAACCCCAUCAGAUCUACAUGCUGUACUUCCUGGAGUGUCCCUACCACACGCAGAAUAUCAAAUUUCCCAGUGUUUUCAAUUGGACAGCCACGUACAGAAAGGACAGCGAUAUUGUGGCCCCAUACGAAAAGUGGGAGUAUUUCGAUCCGAGGGUGAAGCAAGUGGAGCAGGACAAGAAUUAUGCGCUGAACAAGACGAAAAAAGUGGCUUGGUUUGUGUCCAAUUGUGGUGCUCGCAAUGGUCGGCUUCAGUAUGCACAUGACUUGCAGAAGCAUAUUCAAGUGGACAUUUAUGGGGCGUGUGGGACUUUCAAGUGCUCCCGAAGUACAUCGGAUCUGUGCUUUGAACUCCUCGAUAAUGACUACAAGUUCUACUUGGCAUUUGAGAAUUCCAACUGCAAGGAUUACAUCACGGAGAAAUUCUUCGUUAAUGCUCUAUACAGAAAUGUUCUUCCAAUUGUUAUGGGUGCAAGGCCAGAGGAUUAUCUGGGAAGUGCUCCAUACAAAUCCUAUAUUCAUGUGGAUGAUUUUGCAUCGCCCAAAGAAUUAGCAGCAUAUUUGCAUCUCCUCGAUAAAAACGAUGAACUCUACAAUUCCUACUUCAAAUGGAAGGGCACAGGGGAGUUCAUCAAUACAUACUUCUGGUGUCGCGUCUGUGCUAUGCUCCACGAUGAAGCUGCCAUUGCAAAGCCCAAAUGGUACCCGGAUAUCAAUGAUUGGUGGCGCGGAAAGGGUGUCUGCACAAGCAAUUCUUGGCGCAUUGGCCGUCAUGACGUAAUGAGUGACGAUUGAGCACAAAUGAUCAUCAUUGCCACUUUAUCAUUUUCAAUUCUCAACAAAAAAAAAGUUAUAUCGCUUCUUAAGCAUUCACAACUUAUAUGCGCAACUCUCAAAUAUUGACUGACUGUUACUACAACUUUCUUUUAGCCAGAAAAUAACUUAAGAAAAAAUAAACCUCAGUAUAUAAGUCUUAAUUAGAUAUUAGGUUUUAAAAGGAAGACAUUGCAAGUUACUUAAUUUUGUGAUUCGUAAAAAAAAAGUAAAUUGCCUCGAGUACAAACAUGUGGAUAAAAUAAUGGAGCAAGAAUUGUCGUUGAGGUUGAUGAAAUAUCUCAUUUUUAUUAUUUAAGAAAAAAAAACAAACACUACAUUUAAGUCUCUAUUAGAAGAAGAUGAAAAAAAUGUGAGGCAACUGGCGCAAAAUGAUUUUGCAAAAAUUAGUGUUAAAAUGUAAUUUAUUCACGCGCAAAAAUCCAUGUGAUUUUUCUACUCUUCUCUUUAUCUCUUUUUUAAAGACAAAAAAAAUUAUUUAUAUCUGUGAUAUUUCUCCCAAAAUGAUUUUGAGCUUAUUUCUGUUUUUUUUUUCUUUUCUUAAAAAAUUCCCCACCAAGUACAGGUAUUUUCCCAAUUAUUUAGUCAAAUUGAAAAUUAAUAAAAAGAAUAAAUAAAUGAUUUUUAGGCAAUUUUCGUGCUAAUUGCGUGUAAAAUGUUGAAACACCAAAGAAUUAUAUUGUUGCUCGUAGAAUGAUGUAAAUAGGAGAUAAUCAAAUUUAGAAAAUAAAUUUGUAAUACAAAACA